UUCCUUGGAAUCAGACAAAUUUAUUUGGUAUAAUUUUUAGCCUAAUGAACCAUAUGAAACCUCGUCCAAUCUUGACAAAAUGGGUGGUUUACGUUAGUUGGUUUGUGUUAGGCAUAAACAAAGCUAUUAAUACCAGAGUCCUCAUUAUCUGUAAUAAGAUUACGCGAAUUAAGACAUCGUAGUUUACCAAGAGUCUAUAAAAGUGGACCAAACUCUAACCUAAAUCGUUAAAUUGAAGCGAGAAAUUCCACCUCGAAUUAUUUCACGGUAGCUUUGCCUCCAAGACACAUCACAUCAGCCAUGUUGAGUUUGGUCAUCUUGGCGGUCUUUGUGACCAGUAGCAGUGCAUUGGGAACCGUUCCAGAGCUGGAUCCCGCCAUGUACCUCGGGCGGUGGUAUCAGAUGUACACGAAUGGAUGGACGAACCUUUUCUCAAACUUGCCCAAUCCCCAGUGCGUCACCGCCACCUAUGGUGCCAUUAACGCUACCUACAUCAGCGUUCUCAACCACAACUACAACCUGGAAGGGCAGGAGAGCAGUAUUACAGGCUACGCCUUCGUGCCUGACGUCAGGGAACCUGGCAAACUCAAGGUGUCACUCGAAGGGGUUCCAAUAGUCGGAGACUACUGGGUGUUCAAGUUGGGUCCCAUUGUCAACAACCAGUACGAAUACAGUCUGAUCACAGACGGAGAGGCCACUAUGCAACUGUUCGUGCUGGCCCGAGAUCCGGUCGAAUUCAAUGCCAAAUAUGAUGCUGAGGUUCAGGAAUACAUAACCUUGACCGGAUUCACAGUUGGUCUUAAAAAGUACGAGCCUGUGCCCCAAGUUCCAGAGUGCAAGUACCUCCCUAUGCCAUAGAAGACAGAGCCCACCAUCUCCCAUCUAUCACAUCAAACUAUCCUAUCUUUGUGCAUUUUAGACAAUUAUUCCCUUCAUCUGUAUUUAAUUUUUCCAAAUGCUAGUCUUCAAUUUCCUUUCUAAAGCUUUUCUUUUUAUUUUAACCAUGAAAGAGUUCAAAACCAUUAAGUCUGAACUUUGUAAACCAGGGUAAUAUCUAGAAUUUCCAGUGCAUGUCCGUCCCACAAAUUUCAUCUGUUUCUAUAUCUAAUUUAUUUAACGAUUACUUUAGUAGUCUGUUAUGAAUGCAAAAUGAAAAGUUGUUACGUAUUUUUUUGUUGUUGAGACACUAAUUUAUUUGAGAUACGUACUGUUAUUCUAAUAAGGUCCAUCCCCCAUAAGCGCCCUUAUUGGUGAACAAAAUUUAUUUAGAAUGACUUCUGUUUUAAAUAUAUUCAAAAUGUCAGGGUUUUCUUAUUUCUUUUUAAAUUUGU